CCAACUCCUGAUAGUGGUAUUUUGAUAUGACGAAGAAAUUGUUCAAUAUCGCCGUGCUUCCAGGUGACGGCAUUGGCCCGGAAGUCGUCGGACAAGCCGUGCGCGUACUGGAGACGCUCAAUGCAUCCGCACAAGAUUUUGAACUAAAGCUCGAAUACUAUGACAUUGGCGGGUGUGCCAUUGACAAGACUGGCCAAUCGUUGCCGGAUUCUACUUUGAAGGCAUGCAAGGAAGCAGAUGCAAUUCUUCUUGGUUCCGUUGGUGGACCUAAAUGGCCAUCGGGUCCCGUCCGUCCUGAACUUGGUCUGCUGACUCUCCGCAAGAAUCUGGACCUUUAUGCCAACAUCCGUCCAGCUUCUUUUCCAUCCAAAUCACUCGUCGAAUGUUCUCCUUUGAAGCGUGAAAUUGCAGAAGGAACCGACCUUAUCGUUGUCCGUGAACUCGUCGGUGGGCUGUAUUUUGGAGAACGAAAAGAACCCGGCGUGGAACCCAAGCCAAAUUCCGCCUGGGAUACGAUGAUUUACAGUGUUGACGAAGUAAAGCGUAUCACCCGCGUAGCUGCGAAAAUUGCACUUGCAACAAGCCCUCCUCGCAAGAUUGUCUCAGUCGACAAGGCAAACGUACUUGCAAGCUCGCGCUUGUGGAGGAAAGCCGUCACAGAGACGCUCACUGAAGAGUUCCCGCAGCUCAAAUUAGAACACCAGCUUGUUGAUUCAGCUGCUAUGAUCCUCGUCGCGAACCCGCGGAAGCUGAACGGUGUUAUCCUUACGGAGAACAUGUUCGGAGAUAUCCUCUCCGACGAAACCAGUGUCCUAGCGGGAUCCCUGGGUUUACUCCCUUCUGCAUCUCUUGCUGGAGAACCAAUAACUGAAUUUGCACCUGGGGUAAAACCGCCAGCAGGGCUGUACGAACCCAUUCAUGGAUCGGCACCGGACAUAGCGGGACAGGGUAUAGCAAAUCCAAUUGGUACCAUUCUUAGCGCGGCGAUGUUACUGCGGUAUUCGCUUGGUCUCGAGAAGCAAGCACAGGCAGUUGAAGCGGCUGUGCGCAAAGUGCUGGACGAUAAGGCAAGUGGUGGAUUGGGAUUACGGUCGAAGGACCUCGGUGGAGAGAGUACGACAACUGAAAUUGGAGACAGUGUGGUCUCGGCACUGAAGGAACUUUUGUAAACAAUUAUACUACAAUUACUACAAUUACUGGGACAGAGGCUGGAGUACAGAGGCUGGACUAGGCUGUGUAACUGUGCUGCUGUAAAUGUAAUGUAAAAUCGAAGAGAAGUUAUGACGCGAGUA